AUGGAUGAAGAUAAAAACAUAUUGAUGAAGAAAUUGAGGUAUGAUGAGAUAAAUGCAAUCUUUGAAACCGAGAUUUUGUCACAUCUACCUUUGAACACUCUCAAAAAUUGCAAGUAUGUUUCUAAAUCAUGGUCGAAUAUCAUCAAAUCCCAAUAUUUUUUCCGUCUUCAUCUCCAAAAAUCCGUUUUACAAAACCGGUUAAAUCUAAUACUCUUCAAUGCCACCACCAGAAUCAUCGAAACGUUCGAGGCUGACGCGCUGCUCCCGUCCCAUGGGACACCUAAACCCUACAAAGUUACCCUUGAUCAAAAUUUCAACAUCCUUGGUUCAUGUAACGGAUUGCUUUGUUUCGGGUUUGAUAAGAUUCAUCAUGGUUCGGAAACCAAACUUAUUGUGUUAAACCCGGCCACUCGUGUUUGGAAGAGUGUUCGUGUUUUACCCGUGCCAAAUCAAGUCCAAAAUCUUAAAGCUCAUAUAAAUAGCAGAGGAUUUGGUUUUACAUGUGAUAUUAAGACCAUGGAUUACAAGUUUGUACUUAUUGUGGACCGCGAAAUACAUGUUUAUAGUUUAAAAUCCGAAGCUUGGAAGAGGAUUGGGGACUAUUCUUGCACAUUUCCGUUAAGGGAACCGCAAAGGAAUAAGUGCAUACAAGCAAAAGGUGUUGCUACCGACAAUGCUUUGCAUUGGUUUUAUGGCAGCCAGGGUAGGAUCAAAGGUAUCUUUAGCCUCGAUCUCACGGAUAACAAGCAGUAUGAAACGCCGAUUCCUGAGCUUUAUGGAUUACCAAAGCUAGUACCUUUAAAAGGAUGUUUACAUGUGGUAUUCACCAAGUAUGUUACAAUGUCGGGAGCAUAUCCUGCAAAUAUGCUAGAGAUAGACAUUUGGCGUAUGGAAAAGUAUGGCGGUUGGGAGGAUUCUUGGGUUCGAUUGUUCAAGGUUCAAUUUGAUGAUGUUAUAUUCCACGCGACUGCAGUUUGUUUCAAGGAAGGAGGCCGCAAAGUCUUGCUUGAGCUGCAUCCUGUCGAUAUGGAAGUGUUGAGAUAUGUUUGGUAUGAUUUAGUCACCAAAGAACGUGUCAGUGAGGUUCUUGAGUACUCGGCCAAGAUAAAAGCCGAGUCAUGCUUUGAGAGUUUAAUAGAUCCAAAUUUUCUGAAGUUUUAG